GCCCUUGGGCCUCUGCCCCGGAAGUGGUCGCCGGGCCCCGGCCGCCCGGUUGCCAUGGCGCUCUCCCCGUACGUGCUCGCCAUGCAGGAGCUGUUCCGGGCCAACACGCGGAGCCGCGAGUUCCCGGCGCACGGGGCCAAGGUGCACUCGGUGGCGUGGAGCUGCUGCGGCCGCCGGCUCGCCUCGGGCUCCUUCGACAAGACGGCGAGUGUCUUCGUGCUGGAGAAGGACCGGCUGGUGAAGGAGAACAAUUACCGUGGCCAUGGGGACAGCGUGGAUCAGCUGUGCUGGCACCCGAGUAACCCAGACCUCUUUGUUACUGCAUCUGGAGACAAAACCAUCCGUAUUUGGGACGUCCGCACCACUAAGUGCAUCGCUACUGUGAACACCAAAGGAGAGAACAUUAAUAUCUGCUGGAGUCCUGAUGGCCAGACCAUUGCGGUGGGGAAUAAGGAUGAUGUGGUCACUUUCAUCGAUGCCAAAACACACCGCUCCAAAGCCGAGGAGCAGUUUAAAUUUGAGGUGAAUGAGAUUUCCUGGAACAAUGAUAACAACAUGUUCUUCCUCACCAAUGGCAAUGGCUGCAUCAACAUCCUCAGCUAUCCAGAGCUGAAGCCCAUUCAGUCUAUCAAUGCUCACCCGUCAAACUGCAUCUGCAUCAAGUUUGACCCCAUGGGGAAGUACUUUGCCACAGGAAGCGCAGAUGCUCUGGUCAGCCUGUGGGAUGUGGAUGAGCUGGUGUGUGUGAGGUGCUUCUCCAGGCUGGACUGGCCCGUGAGAACCUUGAGCUUUAGCCAUGAUGGGAAGAUGCUGGCGUCCGCGUCUGAGGAUCACUUCAUCGACAUUGCUGAGGUGGAGACAGGGGAGAAGCUGUGGGAGGUGCAGUGCGAGUCCCCCACCUUCACAGUGGCCUGGCACCCAAAGAGGCCUUUGCUGGCCUUCGCCUGUGAUGACAAAGAUGGCAAAUAUGACAGCAGCCGGGAAGCAGGCACCGUCAAGCUCUUCGGCCUCCCCAAUGACGCAUAAUGGGUGCCCAGUGAGCCCUGGGCUAGGGCCUGGGAAGGGGCAGGGAGGUGGAGCUCGUCCCCGGCCAUGUUCUGCACUGCCAAAGCACUUCCCUCGUCCUCUGGCGGCCACUCCCUGGGCUCGGCUUCCUCACUCCUGGCAGUGCUGUGGCCUCAGCUCAUCUGCCAGCGGCCCCUGCCCUCAGGAGCCUUUGUACACCGCAGCUGCUGGCCUGGCUAGAACACGGGGGCUGCCGCCGGAGUCCCUCACCCAGCUCAGGGCUGCCUCUCUCCCUCCCCGCAAGGAGGCGGAGGGCCUUGUUCACAAGUCUGGUGCCCAGAAAGGGGCAGUCACCAGAAUCUGACCGCUCAGGACAGCCUCUGUGGGGGAAGGAGCCUGCCCUGCGGCCAUCCCAGUAGGACUCAGCCGGAGGCAGCUGCGAGCCUCCUAUUGCCAGAACUGUUUGUUGCUAAGUUGCAUGGGUUGUCCCCUUCCUAUCCCGCCCCCAAUGGUGUGGCCAAUUCCCCUGCAGGCUGGGAAUCGCCUGGAGGCCCCAGCACAUCCCUCCCCUUUGGAAAAGGGUUUUGUGUUAGGCUGUCACCUUGUCCCGUCGCUGCGGGUGCGAGUGGCAGGGUGGGCGGGGUGACCUGGGGGGGCUCUUUUUGUAUGACUUUUUGUAAUUUUGAUAAGUCUCUGUCAGUAAAGGAAGUAAGGCCUG